GCGGAAAGUCCAGUCGACUAGUGAUUAGGAAAUUGGCUAUCGAAUUUCGACAUGGUCUCACAUUCAAAUAUGUACGGACUGUUGACCUUGAAUUGGUUGUUUAUGUAAUGAGUUAUGGUUGCUACCUGAUAUCCUGGAUUUUAUUAAUUUUUGUCCUGAUUUUUCAUAAGCUGCUUUGUGAACAAACUACCUGUUUGCCUACAAGCGGCUCAAGUGCUGAGCUAUUGCUGGGUUCUUCUGACCUAUUAUUAAAUGAAGAUUUACUAAAACUAUGUCCCGAAAAUACGUCUAAUCUUUAUGUCUCAAGUAGAGACCUUACAUAUCUUCGAGUCCUGUCGUAUGGAUUUUAUAAAAGUUCAGUUUUACCAAAUCUUCAGCAACUGAGAAUUGAUGUUGGCCGUUUGGAAAUAUCUCGGAAAAAUUUCCGCAACGAUAUCUCUUCCAGUCUAGUAUCUCUGACCAUUUCUAAUUGCAAUUUGGAGUCGUUGCCGCCUCUGGGCAUGCUUCAUGGAUUAGACAAACUCAGGACAGUCGACCUUAGUCAUAACAAAUUACGUGUCUUACCUAUUGAUCUUCUCCAAUACUCAAGAAAUAUUAUCUCGGUAAACUUAUCACAUAAUCUUGUUAGCACUCUACCAAGUGUCCCAUAUUCAUUGACCGUAUAUGUAGACAACAAUCGUAUUACUUGCUCCUGUGUCAAUGCAAAAUUGUUAUUAAAAGGGAACUUUGAAGGUCUUCCAGUUUGCCAUCCAUGGCCAUCCCCUUGUACACCUACUCUUGAAACUGAUUUCUAUGCCAAUUCAAGUGGGUCUGAUAUGAUAUCUUCAAGUGUCAACUCUUCUGUCUUAGUUUUGACAGGUCAACAUAUUUCUUUUGUCUGCGAAGUAAAAUCUGAUUUACCGUACAUACUUUUCUGGGUUUCUCCGGUAGGUAUUAUUCCUCCUUCUAACACUGAUUGGGAAGCGGAUGCAUUUUCUCUUUCUUAUGUCGUCCAGCCAAUUUUAGCUGCUACGGUCUUUCAUGUUGUGCAUGUUAAUGAAAUGAUAAGUACACUAACAAUCGAAAAUACGAGAGGACACUUAACAGGUAAAUGGUCAUGUGUAGCCUACUCUUCUGAAGCGACUUCCCACUCUCCUUCGAUUGAACUACAAGUCAUAUCUAGUUUGUAUCACGCACAAAUUUAUUAUAUUUCUCUUUGUUAUGGAUAUGGUGGGAUGGUUUUAUUACUGUUGGUGGGUAUAAUUGGUGGUACUAUCAGAUACUGUAGCGAAACUCACUGUCUCAGACGUCCGCAACCAUCGUGUGCUUUCAAGGGGAAAACAUAUGUCGGUGUAAUUCCAGUUCCUGAAGUUGAUGGUGAAGAAAAUCAGCGAAAAUCUAAUGAUUGUGAUAAGAGUUUUGAUAUUCCGCUUGGAAACUCACCUGUGUUUAGCAAAUAUAUUGACUAUUUUGGUCCGAACAGUCGAUGGCGCUGUAAUUUAUGUAAAACAGUUCACUUUGUGGAAAAAAUUCAAGAAAUCGAAGAUUCUGGUUUGUUAAUUGCAGCUGGGGACGUGCCUGUGGGCAGAAUAGCUCCUGAUGGUGAGAUAAUGCUAAUGGAUUCUAGUGAUCUGGAUAUGGAACUUAAUACCUCAGACAGACUACUAGAACCAAUUUCAGAACAAUAUAAGCUUGAGUCCCAUGAGACACAACAACCACUUAUGGAUGGUUCUAAAGUUAAUUCUAGUAGAAGUGAGGCUACCUUCAAACACCCUGUUGCUAAAGUCUUUAAUUAUGAAGUGUGUGUGAGGUCUGGAAACUGUGUGGUCAGGGUUAGACUUGACAUGAAUGAUCUGGUCUCUUUCCGUUGCCCUAGUUCAGCUCCAUAUAUGGAUAACUCUGCUUGUGUUCCUUACCUUCCACGUCCAGGCAGUGCCGAUGUCAAGUUGGUUGUGUCUAAUGAAAAGCUUGCGCAAGAAUAUCGUGAAGCUCUAGCCGGCUUAGCUCAGGCUGUUGAAAAUCCUGACCCUGCACAUUUCCGCGAGAAACUUGAAGAUUUUCGUAGUAGGCUUUGCCAUGAUGUCGGCCAUGGAGUCAAAGUUUUGCGUGGUGAGUUUCAAGGAUUAAGAGCUAAGUCCGCAAAAAGUGUCGCGUCUCUUCGCAGUCAAAGCUCUGCUGCUGCACAACGUAUGCGUGCGGGACUCUCUUAUGGAAUGGAGCAAAUGAAGGAUGGAAUGCGCAGUGUUGCUGAGCUUUGUGGAGCUUCAGGGACUAUCGGUCAAACAAUAUCCGUUGUAAGCGUAUAUGUUGAUGAAAAGGAUCAGACUAAGAAAGAAAAGCAUAUUUCUGAUUUUGUAUUUUAGUUUUGACUUAUUGUUUCUUUUGCUGUUUUCUGAUUCCUCCACCUGUUCGUAUAUAAGUUCCUAAAUCUCAUGUAAACCAAUGUAUUUGUGGUUUUAAUUGUCCUUUACAUGCAGUUUUACGCUUACAUUUUAAUGUAUCUGAGUAAAGUAGAAUUCAGUUUUUUUUUCAAAUAUACCGAAUGGUCUUUAAAUC